AGUCGGUUUCACCAAAUUUGUUCAUUGCAAAUUAACUCGGAUUUAAUUUUAAUUUUAAUUUUUAUUUAACUUUGUACUUAAGUUUCCUGCGUUUCACCAUUAUUCAGAUUUGGCAACCCAAAAAUCUAAAAGCAGGGAUGUUAGUAGAAAUAACAGCUGAUUUAUGUAAACAAAUAAAUUGUGGUGUUAUAUUAGAAAAGUUCAAAAUGGAAAGUGCAGCUCGAACCAAAAAUUUUUCAACAGAUGAUAUCAGUACUUUGCUAAGCCUAGUGCGGAAAAAUGCAAAUAUUUUGGAGUGUAAAGCUACGGGGAGAGUGCGUCUCGAUCAAAAAGAAAAGGCAUGGGAAAAUGUAGCGGAGAGUUUCAACUCGAUGUGCUCCGGAGCACCACGGUCAGCAAAAAAUCUGCGAACAAAGUAUUUGAACUUGAAAGCAGACAUGAAAAAACGAUCUGCAGACCAGAAAAAGUAUGCAUAUGGGACGGGCGGAGGUCCAUCCAGAGAGCCAGCUGCUUCCAGUAUUGACAUAUUACUGAGUGAGAUAUUGCCGGAGAAACAAGGGCAGGGAGUGGAGUCCAAAUACGACAACGACUUCCUACCAUUCGAUAAACAUUCUGCAGAUUUGGAUCAUUCAGUUGGAACUGAUCCUCAGCAGCGAAAUGUUCAAAGCGAGCAAGUGGUGCAAAGCCAAACGAUGAAAGAAGAAGAUUGUGUAAUCGAUGAUAUGGGCUUGCGUGAACAAUCAACAAGCAAAAGGCAUCGUGCUUCAACCCCAAAUCAUACAUCUGAAAAAGAUGAUUAUGAGCCUUGGGAGCACUACACACCAAUGCAGUUGAAAACGCUUAAAAACAAGAAGCUUUGCACUGAAAGU